AUGGAACCGGCCGGCGCCGCACAGCCCAGCGGGUUCUGGAAGGCGAUCGCCAACGUGCGGGCGCUGCUGUUUGCGGCCUGGACGUUCACGCUGGCGGUGCCGCUGUUUAUAAUAAUGGUCGUCAUGUCACCCGUGGUGCUGCUCACCGACAAGUUCAGGCGCCUGGCGCAGCACUUUGUCAACAACCUGUGGGCCAUCGCCAGCACCGUCCCCUUUUACGGCGUGACCAUCAAGGGGGCUGAGAACCUGCCUGCGGCGUCGUCGCCGGCUGUCUACGUGGCCAACCACCAGAGCUUCAUGGACAUUUACUCCCUGUUCCACCUGCAGCGGCCCUUCAAGUUCAUCAGCAAGACCUCAAACUUCCUCAUACCCAUAGUGGGGUGGUCAAUGUUUAUGACAGCUUAG